AUGAUUCAUAUGCACCCAACUCCGCCUAUCUCAUCAUUCCAUGUUUUCUUUACUACACUCGCUAAGAAACAACAUUACGAUCAACUCCUUUUACUGUACACGAGGAGGGGUUUUUACCCAAAUGCUGUGACUUUUAAUUGUCUCAUUAAUGAUCUUUGUAUGGAGGUUAAGAUUAAGAAGGCGAUUGAAUUGCUUAGGAAAAUGGGUUCUUUUGGUUGUACGCCUGACGUAAUUACUUUUGGGACUUUGAUUACUGGGUAUUGUCGAACAGGCAAUGUCACUAAUGCCCUUCAGUUAUUUGAAGAAAUCCUUGAUGGGAAUGGGAAAUAUGGUUCCAUUUGUAAGCUUGAUAUUGUUUGUUAUGGUAGUGUUAUUGAUGGUCUUUGCGAAUAUGGGUUAAUAGACAAGGCAAAAAAACUGUUUUUAGAAAUGAAGAGUAGGGGCAUUAACCCAAACGUGGUAACUUACAACUCACUAAUUUAUGGUUUGUGUAAUACAUCUAAUGGGGAGGAGGCUAAAACUUUGUUUAUGGAGAUGUUGGAUGAAGGUGUACAACUUGAUGUAGUGACAUUUAAUGUGGUAAUGGAUGAAAUUUGA